UGACACACACCCCUCCCACCCUCCGCGAUGUCGAGCGCGCCGCCCCAGCCCGUGAACGCGCCCCCGCGCGGGCCCUACCCCUUCUACCUCGGCGGCCUCGCUGCCACCAUCGCCGCCUCCAUCACCCACCCGCUCGACCUGACCAAGGUCCGCCUCCAGGCCUCGGGCGACACCCGCAUGCUCGCCUCCAUCCAGAAGACCUACCGCACCGCGGGCGCCCGCGGCCUCUUCGACGGCAUCACGGGGACGUGGCUCCGCCAGAUGUCCUACUCCGUCUGCCGCUUCUGGGCGUACGACGAGUGCAAGCGCUGGCUCGGCGCGACCAAGGACUCGGGCCCCGGCACGCUCGUCCUCGCAGGCGCCAUGGCGGGCGGCAUCGCGGGCGCGGUGGGUAAUCCGGGCGAGAUCGUCAUGGUCAGACUGCAGGGCGACGCCGCCAAGCCGCCGGAAAAGCAGUUCAAGUACAAGCACGCGAUCGAUGCGCUCGUCAGGAUGACCCGCGAGGAAGGCUUCCGCUCCCUCUUCCGCGGCCUCGGGCCGAACGUGUUCCGCGCGGUGCUGAUGAACGCGAGUCAGAUUCCGGCCUACGACUUCACCAAGUCCCGCCUCCUCGCGGCCGGCUUCGGGGACAGCACGGGGACGCAUGUGAUGGCGAGCGGGGUGGCGGGCACCGUCGCCACGACCGUCUGCUCGCCCGCGGACGUCGUCAAGAGCCGGAUCAUGAACGCGUCCGGGCCCGGCUCGACAUCCUCCAUCGCGGCGAUCCGCACCGCGCUCGCGACCGAGGGGCCGCUGUUUAUGUUUAAGGGCUGGCUCCCCGCCUGGACGCGCCUCCAGCCGACGACGGUGCUCAUCUUCGUGUGCUUUGAGCAGUUGAAGGCCGGGUGGGAUUGGUGGAGGAAUUAGGGGUGGUGGUGGGUUGGUGGGUGAAGGAGAUGGGGGGAUGAGAGGGUCGAGGGGAUGAGAAGGAAGGGGGUGAGACGUGAAAGAGCGGUAGAGGGGUGAGGCGAAAGGAGCUGCUCUGUUCCUUCGAUUACUUACAAGGGUUUGAUGCGAGGGGUGGAGGAUCGGAGGAUGGAGUGGAUGGACGGAGCGGUGGGUGAGGGGAGAAGGGGAGGCGAGCGGCGACGCGCAAUGUACUAUAGAUCUCGGAUGGAUGCGCGGCGUUUUGUAACAGUAUGGCUAGUGUUUUUUAUGUAUGUAUCGUAUCGUUCACGACCCUGUCACUUAUGGAUCGCUCACGAACGCGAGCGAACACGGCGAGGGGACGAGCUCGAGCGGACGAGAAGAUGAAGAUGAGCGAAGAUGACG